AUGACAGAGAGGUCCCCAUGGUGGAGGGCAUUCCUGCCCAAGAAGAAGAAUGGAGGAAAAGACCCAACCCUUGAGGCAGACUUUGACCCUUUUGCUCAACGCUCCGGGAAGCAAAAGGACCCCAACAAGGCUUCUGGUGACCAACCUCAACAGGACUCUGACAAGGGCUCCGGCCUCUCCCAGGAUGAAACCUUUGACGACUCCCGCAUGGACUCAGUCUUCAACGAGCAGACUUGUCGCAGAAAUCUGACUGUGUCACGCUCGGGUCGGUUCAAGGAGAAGAGGAGAAUACGAUCAAGCCUCCCCUCACAGGAGAGAGAGACUGAGCACGGGACAACAGGUAUCUGA